CGCUAGCGCCAUAAGUGAGCCGUAAGUGAGACGGAACUGAGCCGAGACGACCAUCGAACACAGCUAUCGUAUUUUAGUCUUCUUGGGAGUUUGAAGUUUUCUUGAGUAUAUUUUUUAUAGGGUCCCCCGUCCCAUGGAUAUCCACCUCCAUGUAGAGUCCACUAAUUUAAAUAUUGCCAUCGUAUUUGACAGUAACGUCGUAACUACUUUAUCGGGAAAAUGGGAUUACUAACCGUUUUAAAAAAAUUAAAACAAAAAGAAAAGGAAAUGCGAAUAUUAAUGCUAGGUCUUGACAAUGCUGGUAAAACUACUAUAUUAAAACGAAUAAAUGGCGAGCCAAUUAGUGCAAUAUCACCAACUCUUGGAUUUAACAUAAAAACAUUAGAACGUGAUGGAUUCAAAUUGAAUAUCUGGGAUGUUGGUGGACAAAAAUCACUGAGAUCGUAUUGGAGAAAUUAUUUCGAGUCAACAGAUGGCCUCAUUUGGGUUGUUGACAGUGCUGACAAACGAAGAAUAGAAGAUUGCAAAGAUGAAUUGUACAAGUUGCUACAAGAAGAACGUCUCCAAGGUGCCAGUCUUCUCAUAUUUGCAAAUAAACAAGAUCUACCGGGCGCAUUAUCAUCAGCUGAAAUUGCUGAGGUACUUCAUUUAUCAAAUAUAAAAACUCACAAUUGGAAAAUACUUAAAUGUUCAGCCAUCACUGCUGAAAAUCUUAUUACAGGCGUUGAUUGGAUUUUAAGAGAUAUUGCAGCAAGAAUUUUUUGGCAAGAUUGACAAUUUUAUUGAUUUACAUAUAUAAUAUAGAUAUAGACAACUUCAAGUUAAUUAAUCAACUUUUUUUGUAUUAAAUAAUAUAUUGAAAUCAUUUUUAUAGUUUAUUUAGGAAAUGUAAUCGAUUUCCUUUUUUUUUUUUCUUCAAUUGGUAAUAUCAAUUUUGUAUCUGGAAAUUCCUUCAAGUAACAUAACUUCAAAGCCUUCUGAUCAACAAAAUCUUUGUCAAUAAUAAAUGCAUUGAUUAUUUCAUCCACCAACGAAUCACUCAAUUUCAAUUUAUACCUAUCGAUAGAUUCUCGAAAAGUAGCUAAUGAAAAAAAGACAAA